AUGCCGGUCUUCACCGAAUACGCCGCCGCGUCGCGCGAGCUGCGCGUCCUGCCCUCCUUCGCUCCCCCGCUCCCACGUCGAUCUCCAAAACCCGAGCCUCGUAGUGACGAUGUAGAGAGAUACGAGGUUGUGGUUGUCGGUGCAGGGCCGGCUGGCCUUAUGCUGAAUUUACUUUUGGCGCGUUACGGGUUGAGUGACGAGUCGCUGCUUUGCGUAGAUGCGAAGCCGACGACCUUGAAGUCUGGACAAGCUGAUGGACUCCAACCUCGCACUUUGGAAACGUUGAAAUCGCUGGGCCUGGCAGAUGAGAUCCUCACAGAAGGUUGUCAGAUGUGGCAGGUUGCGUUUUGGAACCCCUCGAACGACAAGGAAAAGAUCAUUGAGCGAACGUCCAUUAUUCAGGAUGUUUCAGUCCCCGCACGAUUUCCACACGAAGUCACGAUUCAUCAAGGCCGAAUCGAACGAAUUCUCGAAACAGAUCUCCACCGAUACUCGAAGCGAGGCGUCCAGCGGAAUACAAAGCUCAUCGACGUGAAGAUCGACGAGGCAGGCGACUCCGAAUUCCCCGUCAUUGCCGAAAUCGAAACUGAAGGCCGAAGACAGACGGUGCGGUCGAAAUAUCUGGUCGGGGCGGAUGGCGCUCGCUCUGUGGUCCGUCGCAGCAUGGGCCUGAAGCUGGAAGGCGAAUCGCUGGAUCACAUCUGGGGCGUCGUGGAUUUGAUCGUGGACACGGAUUUCCCCGACAUCAGACGUCGGUGUGCUAUCCACUCCCCGGCAGGCUCGGUUAUGGUAAUCCCUCGCGAAAGGAUUGCGACAGGGGACUAUCUUACGCGAUUAUAUGUCCAAGUCCCGGGGGAUAUCAACCCGGAUAAUGACGCAGAAACAUCGAAUGAGACCAACAAACCAGCAGAUGCUCGAUCUCGGCGCAGCCAGGUUACUGAAAAAACGAUCUUCGAUAAUGCGGCUGCUGCAUUCAAGCCGUAUUAUAUCCGGCCGAAGAAGGACGGAGCAGUCGAUUGGUGGGCGGCAUACCAGAUUGGCCAGCGUGUAACGGACAACUUUUCCAUAAAGGACUCCAAAGGGGUAGAGCGUGUGUUCAUCGCAGGUGAUGCCUGCCACACCCACAGCCCCAAGGCGGGCCAAGGAAUGAAUGUUUCAAUGAUGGACUCCUAUAAUUUGGCCUGGAAACUCGCAUACUCGAUCCAUGGGCUCACUCCAAGCGCAGGAACUGCUGGACCGGACCCCAUCCUCGCCACAUACCACAAGGAGCGACACACUAUUGCCCAAGAGCUCAUUGCAUUUGACCGCGACUUCUCCUCGAUGUUUUCUGGCAAGAUCGGGGCCUCUGAAGACGAGGUUGGAGGAUUAACACACGAGGAAUUUUUGCAGGUCUUUAGUCGAGGCAACGGCUUCACCAGCGGGUGUGGAAUUGAGUACCCAGAGAACAUGGCCGUGAACCGCGAUAAAAGUGCGAAGAAUCCCAUAUCCGGGGAAGACUAUUUAUCCGGUAUACUUCGGCCGGGUCGGAGAUUAUUGAAUGUACGCCUUGUGCGGCAUGCAGAUGGAUACCGUCGGGACCUGCAAGAUGACUUUGCUUCCACCGGCAGAUUUCGCAUUUUAUGCCUCACUUCCACCGAUAUUUUAGAUCCGGAGGGGUCUCCGCAAAGACUCUUAGUGGUUAUUCAUCCACGUUUGGAUAGGGAUUUCAUGUGGAAUGAUAUCCCCAACGAAGUGAAGCAAUACUCCGAGAUGUCCUUUUACAGCGGACAUGAAUUGGACGAUGUGUAUAAGGCAUAUGGCGUCGAUAUUGCCAAGGGAGCACUAGCAGUGGUUCGUCCAGAUGGAUAUGUUGGUAUCGUGGUGGCUUUGGAAGACGCCGAGCGCGUGGAGAGGUUCCUGGAAUCAUUGAUUUGUACGGUGUAG